AGUCCAGAAACCCAUGCAGCGCGCCAUGAUGUCGCUUUCCCGGCGCUUUGCUUCGCAGCUCUCGGGCGGUUUGUGCCGGGCGCCCGCGUUUCCGGCGCAAAGACUCUGGCCCGCGCCGGGCGCCGGGGCGCCCUUCGCGCCCGCGCCCUCCGCGCCCGCGCCGCCGGCGCGGAGCUUGGCGCCGCUGGUGCAUCCUUCGCCCUGGCAGCCGCGGCGGUUGGAAGUGCGGCAGUUCUCCACACGGAAUCUCGCGGGCCGGCUGUUCUACAAGCGGCGACCCAAGAUGGUCCCCACCUCGAAGUUCAACCCCCGGUCCAAGUGGCUGGAGGGCGCUGCCAACCGGAAGGGGGUCUGCACCAAGGUGUUCAUCCAGAACCCGAAGAAGCCGAACUCCGGACUUCGGAAGGUUUGUUACGUACGCCUCUCCAAUGGACGCGUGAUCAAGGCCUACAUUCCGGGCAUCGGCCAUAAUCUUCAGGUCCACUCCGUGGUGAUGGUGAGAGGUGGACGAAGACGAGAACUGAUAGGCUGCAACUACACCUGCAUGCGUGGGCAGUACGACCUGCUUCCCGUGAAGAAUCGCGGGAGCCGCCGCUCCAAGUAUGGGGUGAAGCGGCGCGCAGAUUUCAAGCCAGUGGUUCAGCGCUUCAAGUCAAUCACCACCAACGUGGACCGGCGCCUGCACUUCUACAGGACGGGUGAAGAGCUCACCAUCGGCGCAGAUGAGUCGCCCCCCAGAGGGCUCAGGGUCCCUCGAGCGCGUGUCACUUAUCGCCGGCCCAAGAAGAAGGCCUGAGUGCGGAUGGACGCCUCUAGUUUGACGGCGCAAACGCUGCGCCGAGCGCUUGGGUUUGAAUCAAAUUGAGCCA